AACAAAAAUACGUAGUGACAGCGUGCGUGGGUGUGAAACAAAAAUAUUGUGAAACACUCAAUGAAGUCACGAAGACGUCGGCAUAUCUGUGUGAAACACAUGGCAACACUUCCGAAAUUAAACAGAAGAAUUUACCGAAAUUUAAAAAAGUGAAGAUACCUCAUUUUCAAUUAGAACUGAUGUAUAACAGCAAAUAAGACUGAAUGAACAUCAAUAGCAAGUGGUAGGUCAUUUACGUAAAAAAGAAACAGAUAGGGACCCAACAUCGAACCUUGUGGGACUCCUUGGGGGAACUGUUUUCCAGUUUGAUGAAUAAUUGGUUCCAUUUGAAGUUAAAAUUACUCUUUGUUUCCUACCUGACAGUUAUCAUUACAGCAAAAUACACAAUGAGCGGCAUAAGGUUGGAGGUACAGUGGUCUCGCAGUCAUCCUACCAAGUUCAUUACGUGGGGCACUGAAAUUUAUCUGUACGAAGUAUUAUCAAAAGCUGACACACCAAGAGCAACAUGUAUAAAGGUGUCAGACAGUACAUAUGCGAAUCUGCUAGCCACAAAUUCGAGCCAUCACUACAUCAAAUGCAUUGACAUAUUUCCUCACCCAGAACCGGAUAUCCUCCUGGCUGUAGGACAAGCGAGUGGCAAAGUAACACUCACUGCUUUUGGACCAACUGUCUUUGAUUCCAGAGGGAUUACUGGCAAGGAACUUGUCCCAAGACAUUCAAGACAAUGUAAUGGUGUUGCUUGGAGUCCUGUGGAUAGCAAUUUACUUGCUGUUGGUUUAGACAAAAACAGAGCUGACCACUCAUUGUUGGUUUGGGACUUAACCAGAUGUCAUUUGCAACAGCAGAUGCCUGACAGUGUUCGGCCUUGUGCAGAACUGGGGCUGUCAGAGACAACUCACUCAUUAGCCUGGUUACAGCCAAGAAAUAUUGUAUUAGGAAUGAACAGUAAACAUUUGAAAGUAUUUGACAUCAGGGAUUCGAACAGAGCAGUGAACGCAACUAACACAAAAGCUGUGUUUGGUGUCUGUAUUGAUCCACACAUGGAGAACCAGUUAGCAUCAUUUAUUGAAAACCAGAUAUAUAUUUGGGACCUUAGAAACUUUGAGAAGCCUGUGCUCACACUAAAUCAAGGGAAACCUGUCACAAAGAUUUUAUGGUGUCCUACCAGACGUAAUCUUCUGGGGUCGUUGCUUAGAGAUAGUUGCUCCAUAAAUCUGCAUGAUAUUCGGCACACAGUUGUGGGAACUGAUGAAGUAGAACCAACGCUCUUGGAGAGAAGUGUGCAGCCAUGUAGUACACACAGCAUAACAUCAUUUUCAUGGCAUCCUGCUUCCGAGAACAGAUUAAUUGCUAUUGAUGCUGUAGGAUCAAUCAGGGACUAUAUUGUAUCAGAGAGAAUUACAGUGAACUGUUCUCCACGAUUUGACCUAGUUUGGAUUCAUGGUGGAAGAUCUUUGAAAAAACUUAAUGAAAAUUUUGCAGUUUAUGGAUUAUGCGAUGAUAUUUCCACAACAAUGAAGAAAAGAGCUAUGAAUGAAUAUGGGCUGAAGCCUGAUAUAUCUCAGAAUGGAAGAUUAGCUGAGGAUGAAAUGCUGAACUCUAUUUGGAAAUGGGUUGGUGUAGCUCAGUCUCUUGUUGAAGAAGGGGUUGUACGUGCAAACUGUGGCAGAAUUCCUGGAAUUAGGAACAUUCUCAGGUUGGAACCUGUGCAAGUAAAUAUGAUACCAGGGAUGAAGUCAGAGAUGGUCACAAUGCCUUGGGCAGAUCUUGGAAGUACAGGAGCACACGUUGCUGCUAAAAUAUAUAAAAGUGAAGAGAGGGAUAAAGCAUUGCAGCUUUGUGGUUGGAAAAUUGAUUCCCAAUCUUUGUCGGACUUUCUUGAUGGCCUAGAGGUGGAAGGAUCAUACUCCCGUGCAGCUGCCAUUGCUGUAUUCAACCUCAGGCUGAGACUUGCAGUUGAGAUGUUGAAUCGUGGCGCCUCUAGGAAUAAUGAUUCCAAAUAUACAAUUGUGGCCAUGGCCCUGUCUGGGUUUUCAGAUGAUAAAAACAGCAUGUGGCGAGAACUUUGCAUCACGUCUCGCACUCAUCUCUCUGAUCCUUAUCUGCGUGCUCUAUUUGCGUUUCUCACUGCAGACUCUGAGAAUUAUGAUGGCAUCUUAAAUGAAGCUGGCAUUGCAGUAUCAGACAAAGUGGCUUUUGCUUGUGUAUUCCUGUCUGAUGUGCGACUAGCUGAUUAUCUCCAGCAACUAACUGUUUCAUUAACUGAAGAGGGUUCACUUUCUGGAUUCUUGCUCACAGGUUCAAGUGGUGAAAUCAUUCAAAUUAUGCAAAAUUAUGUUAAUAACACUGGAGAUGUUCAGAGUGUGAGCCUUUUAGCCAUACAGACCUUCACUCAAGAACUCCUGGAUAACGAUACUACACAGUCAUGGAUUGAAAGUUACCGUGAUUUACUGGACACUUGGCAGCUGUGGAAUCAAAGAGCACAAUUUGACAUUGUAUUCAGAACGUGCUGUCCCAGUAAACCACCAGCACAACAAGUUUUCGUCUCAUGCAACUUUUGUGGCAAGAGCAUAUCAGCACAGAUGCAGGGUCAUAAUAAAAAUAGAGGACCAUUUGCUCGUCUGGGUACUACAGCACAGAAACUGAAGAUGUCAGCAUGCCCUCAGUGUCGUAAACCAUUACCACGAUGUGCUAUUUGCCUCAUGCAUAUGGGCACUGCAUCAGGCACUUGCCCUGGAGGUGUAGCAAAAUUGACGGAAUUUUCUUCAUGGUUCACUUGGUGUCAAACAUGUCGUCAUGGAGGUCAUGCUGGACAUAUGGCUCAGUGGUUCCGGGAGCAUUUGGAAUGUCCUGUCACGGCUUGUAAUUGUCGCUGCUUGUCAUUGGAUGCGGCAAGCCAAAUUGGUCCUCUACAGUUGUGUAAAGCGUGAUACUUAUAAUUUUGGAACAGUGCAGUUAAUUAUUAUUCUUGUCUUUGCCUGAUAGUGCUAUUUUCUUAUGAUAUAUGUUUUCAGUUGAAAAACAAUAGCUUCAACUUCCAUACCUGGGUAGUAAAGGGAUGCUGUUUUUACAGAAGAUCAUUCUUGAAAUAUCCAUACACAGCUUCAUUUGUGGAAGUGGGGCAGUAGUUCUGCUUCCGCGCAUAUCUGAUGUAGGCUGAAGGAGCCCAUGUCCAUUUAAUUCUGGCUAAGUCAACCACAGGACUGUUGCCUUCUUCCACAAAUGAAGCAGUGUGUGGAUAUUCCAGACAUGGUCUUUAAGUUGAAACUGUGGAAAUUGGUCAGCCAUGGGACUGCCGCCUUCUUUCACAAAUGAAGCGAUGUGUGGGUAUUCCAGACAUGGUCUUAAGUGUAAACUGUGGAAAUUGGUCUUAUGCCCCUUUACCUCCCUGCUGCAAAUAUGUUUGAAUGUUACUCUCGCUCAAGAGCUCUCACAUGGUUUUGCUGAAUUUGUUUUAAAGCCGAAAGGCAAUAAAACAUUCAUGGAUAUUAAUAUACAGUGGUGAAACAUGUCCCAGUGACAUUGUUGCAUUGUGUGCAGAUAUAAAUAUGAGUAACUAUUGUAACAGGUCUUUAAUAUUCCAUCAGACUAACUGUUGGUUUGAGACAUCACUUAACUCCAAUAACUGUGAUCUUAAUUAGUGCACAUGGUCUGUCAUAACUGUAAACUUUCAACAUUUUAAUUCUUUUUUAAUUUAUCUUUUGUUCUUUGAACUGGAACAAAUUAUCCCCCCUCCCCCCUUUUUUGGUUUAAGAUCAGUGUUAAACUGUACUUUCUGUAAGACUUUGCUCUAUAAAGGUCAGAAGUGUGGAUGCUGAGCUUCUUCUGGCAAAUAACUGAAAAUAAACUUUGUGUUCCUACCACUAAUACACAUGUAUAGUAAACUGAAUUAGCGGAGUCACUUGAUAGGAACUCAACUUUUCUUUGUAUCAUUUCUGUGUUUAAUUAGCUGUACUUACACUUACCACUACUCGUGUUUUGACUACUUCUGCUGCUAAAGCCAUUGUUGUUAUCUCCAUUCUCUAAGGUCACAGUGUAAACUCAAUAUUUAUUUUCUUUCUUUUGGAGCACUGUCUGUUGUUUGCUCACUUCUGAUGUAUACUCCACCACUAUGGGUGCUUGUUGUAGGGUCAACUCCUACAUUUUACCUAAUCCAUGUCCACAGGCACAUAAUGUAGUAACUAUUAUUAGAAGUGGUGGUGUAUCAGGCCCACAAGUCCUUCCAUCUACAGUUUUGAGACAGAUGGAAUGAAGCUGUAAUGUAAAAUACCUGCACCAAUUUGAUCAAUCACUUUGCCUUUUCAGUUUAAUGUUACAAUAACUGACUAUAAUUAAAUACUUAUUAUGCUGGGCAGAUGGUCCAAAGAGAAUAACUAAUACACAUAAAUCAAUAACAUUUUCUGAUAAUCUUUUUCUGGUUUUGCCCAGUUAAUGACCCAGACAUUACUAAAAUUCUAUCAUUUCCUUCAAUGGGUACAACAAAAUUUCUUCCUUCUUGCUGUGAAGUAUUUUUAUUCGCAUUUCAAAUACAGGAAAACUUACAAGUACCACUAUUGUUCAUAGAAUGUAAAUAAGAUGUUCCUAUUAUUUAAAGAGCAAGAAGACUGAAAUUAUGGCAUAUUUUUGUAAUUUCAAAUGUUUUAAUAUUUGGUGUGUGCAAUAUGAGCAUUGCUUUCUGUGUAUAUUU